GGCCUGCAAAGAGGGUGGAGAGUGACCAGAGCCAGCCCCUGUGCAGUUUUGGCCUUGUCUAUUCACAUCUGUCUCCCAUGGCCUUACCCAACCCUCCUGCAGUGCCCAGUUUCCUAAGGCAAAAGGGGAUCCCAGCACACAUUGGAUAUGGUUCUGGUCUGUGUUCCAUUCCAGAUGUGGAUCGUGACUUGGAUUAUUUGGAAAUACUGGUGAAUGAUGAUUUGAAAACCUCGCCAGAUGCUGGAGGCAAGUCCUCAAUGUACCUUUCCUGACAAAAAAAUAGUGUCAAUCCAGCAAGAGAUUACUUGUAACAUUUCCCGUAAGUUCUUCUGAAGGUUGAUGUAUUCAGCAAACCUUGCCCUUCUGGAGCCCUGAGGGAUCCACAGGAUCACUGUCAGUGGGAGGAAGGAGCAUUUAGCUGCUCCAUCUUCCUUCCAUAUGCAAUGCCAGUGUGUCCUUCCAUGUGUUCUGUGCAGCCACAAAGAAGAGCAGAGAGUGAAGGGGUCGGGCCCAGGGAUGUGCCCCGGGGCUGAGCCUUCUGGGCAGCCUGAGGAUCUCCUGCAGUGCCACAGCAGCUCUUCUGUCCUGCCUUUCUUUGCAGCUGAACCUGCUGGUGAAGGUGAUGCAGCUUCCCAACCCAUGUCCAGGACGGAGCCUCUGGGAGAUGCUGAGGGGAAUUACCCAGCUACAGGUCACAAGAAACCCCAUGAGCCAGCCAUAGUCAAGAUGCAAGUACUGAAGGAAAUGCAGCAGGAAGGACAAGUGGAUGGAGAGGCUGGGCAGAAGGUGGCGUUUCCCGAAGGAAGCAGUGGCUCCAUGCCAGCCUCUGUUGCAGGAAGGGAGGUGAUGCCAGGCACAGGCAGAGGAGAUUGGGAUCGUGACAUGGAUUCCAUGCUUGUCUUUCUGGAUGAGAGUUUGAAGACCUCGGCAGAUAGUAGAGCUAACCCGGCUGGUGAAACUGAUCUGGCUUCCCAACCCACGUUCAGGAAUGAGCCUCUGGGAGGUUCUGAGGGUGUGUCUGCAGGGAGGACUUUCCCAGGUCCAUUGGUGGAUGUUGCACGCAGGCCCAGCUCCCUUGGCAGGGGUCUCCUGAGAUUGGAGAACAAACUUAGAGGAGAGAGUAAGUUCCUGGAGGCAUCCAAACACAUGGAGAAGAUGCUGAGUGAUCUGGAGAGAAGACAAGAAGUGGAUGGAGACGCUGGGCAGAAGGCGGCAUUUCCCGAAGGAAGCAGUGGCUCCAUGACAGCCUCUGCUGUAGGACUGGAGGCGAUGCCAGGCACAAGCACAGGAGGAUGGGAUAAAGACAUGGAUUAUCUGGAAAACCUGCUGGAUUAUGGCUUGAGAUUCAUGGGAAAUCCUGGAGCUGGACCUGCGGGUGAAGGUGGUGCAGCUUCCCAACCCACGUCCAGGACGGAGUCUCUGGGAGAUGCUGAGGUGAUGGACCAAACAUCUGUGCAGAAGGAGGCACAUCCUGGAGGAAGCAUUUCCCCAUGGGCAGCCCCUGCUGCAGGAAGGAAGGCAAAGCCAGACACGGGCACAGGCACAGCAGAUGCAGCCGGCACCACAACACGUGUUCCUGAUGCCCAGAAGGGCCUCGGAAGGGUCUUUUAUAUGGGAACAGGCUGCUGGGCAGGGGUAAUGGCAGGCCUGCUUCUUUUGCACCUAAUUCUCAUAUUGUGCUGUGUCAAAAUCUGGUGUUACUGGAAGAAGAAAUGGAGCACCUCUGGUGCUAGUCCAGCCAAAUACCUCAGUCAUGGAGAACUUGGCCUGUCAUCGUGCAUCUCCGUGCCAGUGUCCAUUGUCCCUUCCACAGGUGUAUUACCAGCUUGUAGCUGGAAGUAUGCUACAACCACUGCCUAGAACAGAUCCGUCUCUCCCUGAAGGGACUGGCCUAGCUGCCCAUCCAGGACAGGAGGUGCAGCCCUCUAGCCAGGGAAUGGAUUAUUUGAAAGGUUAUAUUUACUUGUAAAAAUUUUAGAUGUUUAUUAAAAACCUUAUUAGAAAUAUAACAGGUUACUGAAUAAAGACAAUGU